CGCUUGUUUAGUUGCGCUGCCGUAUUGCAUCGAUUUAAGUGAAGGAGGAAAGCAAACGACGUGGUUGGUGAAUUCUACCGCAAAUUCUUCUGUCUCUCACAGCCAUCAUUAUGACCGGCGCUUCGACAAUCUCAGUGAAGCACUGGCAGCGCUGUCUAUCUUGUCCAUCGAGAUGAAAGUCACAAAUCUUACUCUUCUGAUCGGUAAAGGAAAGCAUCUUAUCGACGGUAAAUUUACGAUCGUCGGGUGUGACCACCUAGCAAUCGCUUCCGAGGAAACAAACAAAACGAGCGUGUUCCUUGACGUGGCCGCUGACCAUUCGACUUCAAUAAGCAAUGUUCAAUUCAUUAAUAACACAAACAUAGCCUUGUCCUAUUUGACAGCUAGAAGUGUCGUUUCAGGAGGAAGGUCGACGUUUACAUUCGUUCAAUGCGAUCACGUGAUCGUGAAGGAAUGCAGUUUCAUUAACUCUUUGUCUUCAUCAUCCUCUCUAUUGUUCUUCAACUCCGAAAGCGUCUACAUUUUAUGUUGUACAUUUCUAUUUACAGUGACCCUGCAAGAGAACAGAAACACUACGGCAUCUCUCUCUUACGUACACAACGUCACCUACCGAGACGACACCAGACGAAAGGCGUUGAAUGUUUCAAAUUGUCGGUUUGCGUCAAACGAAACUAGGCCGUUCAUUGGUUAUGGAAGCAUUGGAAGAGAUCACGAAGUACCGAUACAAGAAUCUGCAGUACUUGCCAUCGGACUGUGGUCGAGAAACUUGGACAUUGUUCUAAACAACUGUCAAGUGACUGGAUUGGCAGACGCGUUUGCCGUCCCUGUACUCAUAAGUAUGCUAACGGGAUCAGUUAACAACACUAUUACCCUCACUCAUUUUCACAUAUUCGAUAACAUGUGUGUAACGGGCUGUGGUAUCGUCUCCUAUUUCAACGGAUCUGCUGCUAACACCGUCUCUAUCACCGAUUCGAGUUUUGUCAAUAACACGGCUGUUAUAGAAGGAGGCGCUGGAAUGGGAUACGUUAGUCAUUGUCCUUUUGAUGCUUUCCGACAAAGGAACUCUGUACACUAUCAACGAUGUCUAUUUGCAGACAACGUUGCAGGGCGAGCAUUCGGUGGUGGAUCCGCUUUUAUCAGUUUUUCGACUCAGGAAUUUUUAGGAGGAAAUGUAAUGCAAUUACAUGAAAGUGAUCUGCAAGCAAAUUUGAAGUUUACCGACUGCACCUUUACAAACAACUCGGCUUUACGAGGAACAGUGUUUGCUAAGAAUUCUGACGUCACCUUUGAUGGAGACUGCCAAUUUUUGAGCAAUAAAGGAGGUGCCAUUCAUGCUCAAGGGUCAGUCGUCACUUUGUCUGGUCGCCACGAGUUUAAGAAUAAUUCAGCUUUACGAAAUGGUGGAGCGUUGGUACUGGAAAUGUGGAGCAGAGCUAACAUUAGAAACAUCGAGAGGAUCGAUUUUGUGCGCAAUUCUGCUUCUGUCUUCGGUGGUGCCAUCUAUGCAGAUGACACUUCUUCGUCAGAGAUCGUGUUUGAUAUGUUACACACAAUGGCGGGAACAGACACGGCCGUCGACUGCUUUUUGAACUUGACUUCUGAUGUCUAUUUUUCGUACGAUGGCCGCUAUCCCGAAGCGAACGUUCAGUUUUUGAACAAUUCUGCUGGUCUUUCUGGAAGAGACAUAUUUGCGACGACAUUCCGCUUAUGCAAUGCGACAUCGAUGGCACCGCCAGGCAAGCGAGUCCCUACUAACGAAACGUAUCCCAUAGCCUCCAGGCCCACAUUCAUGCAAUUUCUUUCUGCUUCUUGCAAAUGCUACAAACCCAUAGGUCGGAGAACGCUUCAUUUUCAGUCUGAGAACUGUAGUAGAACACACAUCAUUAAGAGAAUUGAAGAUGAAAUACCUCACGAUGUUAUCGAGGAGAUGAACUCCAGUCUUCAAUGUUGGAAUAAAACGAAGGCCGCAAUUUUCUCUAAAGCCUUUCCGUUAAGUAAAUAUUAUAUUCCUGCAGCGAUAUUUCCUAAAGGAUUGUGGGUUCCGUUCGGUGACUGUCUCUUCAGUGAGUACAUUGAAGUCAACAACAGUAAAUCAAUACAUGUGCGUGGAGUACAUUCGACAUUUUGCAAUCACAGCUUGUCGAAUCCACCGUCUUUUCUCGUGCUUAACCCCUCGCCUGGUGAAAAGUUUCAGCUGAGACUCAAUGUCUGGGAUGAGUUCUACAACGAGGCAUCUUCAUUGGCAUCACUUACGGUUAGAAAUUCUGAUGACGCGAAUGUAUACCCAGAAGCAAUGAUACGACACGCUGGUACCGAAUAUGGACGUCUCAGUCCUUUCUACUUUGACGCUCUCCAACCGAUCAAUGACUUGUCAAUUGUUGGGCCUGUCGGAGCUCGCGGAUUUCUUCGCAUUCAGUGGCAGUCAUUUCUGAGGGGAUUGUCGUGUCCACUAUACAUUUUCUUUGAACUGGCACCUUGUCAUGAAGGAUUCGAUACACCUCGAGCAAAUGCUAACUUGACUAAGACUGCCGACUAUAUUGCCAACUCCACGACUUGCUCCGAUAAUGAAGCAAGCUCGUACUUGGAAUGUACAUGCUCUAACAAAAACGGUAUCUACUGUCAAUCCGACGGCAAAACAGUGACGGUACAAGACGACUACUGGGCGGGAACAAUAUACACAACAAACAAGUCUAGCGGAAGAGUACAGCAAGACUUUUCGACUCACCUCUGCACUGGUUUUUGUUCCGAUCAACAGUCUCAUAAUGACCACUGGACAUUGGAUGUCGAACAUCCUGACAAACAUUGCAGCAGAGAGCGAACGGGAGUGUUGUGUGCUGUUUGUUCGGCUAACUUUUCAGGAAUUCCUGCAAGCAAGACUUGCAGAGACUGUCGUUUCUUCUGGAAGAUAGGACUAGCACUGUCGAUAGCGCUUGUUGUGAUUGUGGGAGCAUUUGUCGUUUAUCUUGCAAUGACGACACCGUUGCUCAACAGUCCGACGUUCGAGUCAUGGGUUUUCUUCAUUCAGAUUGUUCCUCUUGUUUUGCGACCUGACCCGGACGCUUUAAUGAACGAUUUUGCAAGCUACACCGUCAGCCUUCUGCAACUUAAUGCAGCUUGGUGUGUGUUGCCCGAUCUCGCUCCUCUAGAGAGAAUGGCUAUGAGAGCUCUUCCAUCAUUCUAUCUCUUCUUUCUUGUUCUGCUCUUAUUUGGUGGCAGCCACAUCGCACCAUUUUCGAGAUACAUCAAGAGAGCUCGUGUAGCAGACACAUUUCUUCUUGUAGUUCUUAUUUCUUACGAACCGCUUGCUGCGUUUGCCUGCUUUUCUCUCAGCUGCACAAUUACCAUGCAAACCGAAGUGCGUCUCCUGGAAAACCCCGAAGUCGUAUGCUUCAACUCUUAUCAUCUUCCUUACGCCAUUACUGCAAUUAUCAUUCUCACCUUAUUUCUGAUUCCAUUGCCAAUAGUUCUUCUACUUGGUUUUCGCACUAUCGAUAAUUGUACAGAAGACAUCACGUGGAUGAAACGUGUGUGUCGAUCUUGUGCUGCUCGAUACAAACAAGGAAGACAAUGGUGGAUCGGUAUGUCUUUGGGGAGGCGACUGCUUGUUACGAUUGUAGUCGCAACCGUUACAACAAACGUUCAAAGUCGUCAGGGCAUUCUCUUCUGCAUCUGUGUAUUUCUGUUCUUUACUACAAUUAUAUUUUCGCCUUACAGAACCAAAAUGGCUAACAACUACGCAUUUCUGUUGUCUGCAAACCUCACUCUUAUUGCUGCGUUCUCAAUUAACGACAUAUCCGUUUUGUCACCAACGAAGCAAAUGGUAUUUCCUAUUAUUAUAGUUCUGAUGUUGUCUUGGCCUACAGUCGUCAUCAUUGCCAUGGCAAUUCAAAAGCACUGGUGGAGCCACUUUACAGGGUUUUGUCGGAAGUUUAAGAGACGGAUGAGACGUCAAAAAGUAGCAGAAGAAACGGAAAGCGAGCACGUGGACAUCUCUAGACCACAACGAUCACAAUCUGUUCAAUCAGAGAUGGUGAACGUCGUCGACAAUAGAAAAUUUCUUAGAGACGCUUUGCUUGAUAGCGGAAAAGCGUAACAAUUUUGAUUUCUAAACUUUGUGUAUACUGUUACAAUUUAUUACGGUACAAUGUCUAGACGCUUUAAUUCUAAUUGGUCGGUAGAGACUGUGCAGAUAUGAUAAAGCUAGUCUAAAUUUCUAUCAACCCGUCACUUGAUUGUAAACUGUUUAUGUCGUGGCAAGAAUAUUUGAAAACAAUUGAAGCGUUGCUGUA